UGGUAGUUUCACAAGGGUCUAACACACACACCUUCCCUUCUCCUCCCAUCCACAAAGUGCAGGACCCGCCUUUGAGAUUCAACUACAUAUAAGAAAAGAGCUGGACCCAAAGUCUCCAUCCUCCUAAGGGCACCUUCAGCAGUUUCCUGUCCACGUUUGGUUCAUCUCAUCUCCACAUCCACCAUGUCGAUCUCUUCACGCUCUCUGAAGUUCAACGGACCCAAGACCAUGUCCUCAAAGACGAUAAUCGUUUCAAAGGGAAGUGGCAUGGUGCAUGCUCCACAAAAAGCCUACAGCGUGUACGGCGGUGGCUACGGAGGCAGCACCCGCAUCUCCUCAUCCUAUAGGAUUGGAGGUUAUGGUGGAGGAUAUGGUGCAGGAGGAUAUGGUGCAGGAGGAUAUGGUGCAGGAGGAUAUGGUAUAGGAGGAUUUGGAGGUGCAAGCAUAGCUGUUGGAGGAUGCUUUCCCGGCGAUUUUCAGCUGAACGAGAAGGCCACCAUGCAGAACCUGAACGAUCGUCUGGCCUCCUACCUGGACAAGGUGAGGUCUCUGGAGGUUGCCAAUGCAAAGUUGGAGAAGAUGAUUCGGGAGUACUAUGAGACGAAGGGGCCGAUCGCAGAGAGGGACUACAGUGUCUACUGGAACACCAUCAAUGACCUGAAGGACAAGAUUAAAUCUGCUACUGUCCACAAUGCCCACAUCAUCCUGCAGAUCGACAACGCCAAGCUGGCUGCUGAUGACUUUAGGAUGAAACAUGAGCAUGAGCUGAUGAUGCGGCAGUGCGUGGAAGCUGACAUCGCUAAUCUGCAACGUUUGUUGAGCGAUACGAAACUGAAAAUAGCUGACCUUGAGAACCACAUCAAAAAUUUGCUGGAUGAACUGAAAUUCCUGAAAAAGAACCACCAGGAGGAGAUGGCUGCUCUGAGGUCUCAGUUGACAGGCACGGUGAACGUGGAGGUAGAUGCUGCUCCUCAACAAGACCUAAACAGAGUUCUGGAGGAGAUUCGUGCGCAUUACGAGUCCAUCAUACAGAAACAUCGCAAAGAACAGGAGGACUGGUUUAAAAACAAGUCGGCACAAUUCAACAAGGAGGUUGCCGUCAACACCGAAACCUUACAAACCACCAGGUCACAGAUCAUAGAUCUUCAACGCACCUUGCAGACCCUGGAGAUCGAGCUAGAGUCUCAACUCAGCUUGAGAGAGUCACUGGAGAACGCUCUGGCACAAACAAAGAAUCGGUACAGCGCUAUACUAGCAGGAUUACAGAAUCAAAUCAAUAUGCUGGAGAAUGAGCUGUCUCAGAUGCGGGGGAGCAUUGAGCAACAGGGACAAGAAUACAAAAUGUUGCUGGACAUCAAGAGCCGUCUUGAGCAGGAGAUCGCCACCUACAGGAGCCUCCUGGACAAUCAAAACAUUGUUAUCCCUCAACCACAAGGUGGAUCUCACCAUGUCACGUCUGGUGGAACAGUGACCAUAAAAGAAAUCACCACCAGUUCACAGCGCGUACACUAUUAAAGAGCAAAGUGUUUUAUGACACAGUAUUCAGAUGCAAACAAUACGUCUUAAGUGAGUGAUAAUACAUGGCAGUUAUGAUAUUAACAUAAAAUAAACACACUGGAUUGACACUCUCUUUUGUAUUUUUGUUUGUAUAAAAAAACUUGAAAAUAAAACAGCUUUCAAAUGAA